AUGUCAUCUGGAGAUAAUAAAAUAAUCGAGGAACUGGUUCAAAAUAGUGAAAAGGUUACACCUACAAAUAUAGGUCAAGAAAAUGAGAUACUUCAACAGAAUCUCGACAAUUUAAGUCCGAAACAAACCUCUACAAAUUGUGUGAUUCAAAUUUCAACCGAUCCUAAACCUGAAUGGAAUAAUGAACAGAUGGAAUAUAAUUUAACGCGAAAAUUUUCUAUGGCAGAAGAAGACGUUUGCUUUCCUAUAAAAACCAAUAAUAAACACGAAGGAAUUGAUUAUGAUGAGUUGGAAAAAUAUACGAGUGAAAUAAAUUCUACCGAGAAAGAAGAAAGUCAAUGUUUGUCUCUUCUAUCCCCUUCCUCCGGCAACCCAUUAACUAGAAGAGUUAGUCAAUUUAGUGAACGAACAAAGUCAGCAGAAAUUACCGAGGAAUAUAGAUAUAUAUUUUAUUCAAGUCUGAUAGGAACGAUUAGGGCAAAAACAUUUACAGAUAUAGUGAAAAAUUUACCUGAUAAAAUCGGAAAUGUUUCUUCCAAAGGUACAACGAUGUCCGAAUUAUUAAAGAAAGGAUAUUUUUGGAUUGAUGUGUUGGCACCAACAGAAUCUGAAAUGAGAAUGUUAAGUAAG